AUGGCUGAUCCACGUCAUGGUUCCUACAGGGAUCUUGUCCGACAGCAUGGAGAGGAACUCGAGGCACUAUUGCAACAGGGAAUUUUCAAGCCGGUUUUCCUCUACCAAGCUGUGAUCUUCAACCUUCUACCAUUGCUUGGUCUGAUUGUACCCCGCCACCGGGGCGGCAGAUAUAUUCGAUCCGCCAUCUUUGCCCUAACCCUGGGUUUUGCCCUUCAGAUUUUUCAAAGCCACCGCGCUCACUUGGGUGGCAAUGGCUACAUGAUUGGACUUAUCGCCGCAUGGUCACUCAUAUGGAGUGCCGGAAUUUUAGUAUUCACCGACAUCGAAAAAGAUUUUCAACGCAUUGAACGAACGACGAUUGCCGAGAGUGAAUCAACAAAAGUGGCGACUUUGAAUACAUCUGGACAUGUCCAGUCCAAGCCCAAUGGCAAAGACGGGAAAAGGGAGAUAUUCCAAUGGCAGCCCUAUCCUCGUAAACUAUCCCAUCGUCUUGGGUGGUGCGCAGGUUUGCUCUUCAGCUUGCGAGGACCCGAGUGGAACUGGCGAGCUCCUCAUCUUGGACCACUUCCUCAGUCCGUGCAUUCCCAACUACAUGCUGGAUUCGGCUCCAAUAAGUUUAAGUUCCAGGCAAAAGACGAUUCCACAUAUCCCAGCGCGAACCAUCGUCUCAGGCAUGCGUUCCGUACAUUUCUGAUAUCUUACCUCCUUCUGGACUGUUUGAAAUCAGUCAUGAUGCGAGACCCCUACUUUCGAGGAUCGGCCAUUACAGAUUCGCCACCGUUUCCACUCUCCUAUUUCCAGCCAUUUCCUAUUCUCAUUCGUUUCUACCAUGUUUUCAUCAGCGCUAUGGGCGUUUAUGUUGCCUUGAACUUCGUAACCUCAUUGAGCCCCAUUGUUUUCCUUGGGCUGUCUCUGGCUUUCCCCAAUGCAUUCAGAAAACUGGCGGCGGCUCCCCUUGAUGCAUCUUGGCUAUAUGCAGACUCCUUUGGGCCUUUUCUUGAACCUCUUCUAGACCACGGACUCGCUGGCUGCUGGGGACGUUGGUGGCACCAGCUCUUCCGCCACGGUUUCACAAUGACCGCUGGGUGGAUUUUGUCUCUUCUUCCAGCCAAAUUGGCACAGAAUGUGCAGCUAAGACGCAUCGUUCAUAUCAUUGUUUCGUUCUCACUUAGUGGGUUCAUACAUGCCUGUGGCAGCUAUACCCAGUUCACUGCUACCCGACCCUUCUCCGGGCCAUUCCUGUUCUUUUUUAUGCAAAGCGUCGGAGUCAUUGGUGAAUAUAUUUUUAAGGCGGUGGUUUUCCCAAAGCUUCCGCUUCCUACACCCCGAAAAAUCUUCGGAGGGCCGGGAAUGCAAUUUUUGUUCUAUCCUGGUUGCUGUUUUCAGGAGCCCGCAUAG